CGCGUCGUCAAAAAUUUGUUCAGUUGAGUGCGCGCCCCGCCAUUUUGGUUCCGUUUCGUAUAUUUUCAGAUGCUCAGCUUCGAGUGUGUUGUUGAUCAUUUUUCAAAUGAACGUGUUUUUUUCGAAAGUACUUUAACGUUCGAAUCGCUGAAGAACAUCUCGUGAUACACAAUGACGAAACAGAAGGAUUGUCAUGGUAUAACAGUGUUGUGAGUGUGUGUGUACGAACGCAUGGACUAUGAUGGACUGUUGAUGCGGCGACCCGCAAGACGUUUACGGUUUAUUUUUUUUUUCGAGCCUUCUCGGACCAACAAGUUUUGUAAAUGUAAAUAGUUAAAAAUCGGUUGAGCAUAUUCGACAAGAUUAAAUAAGAAACAUGUCGGAAAUAGUGUAUCCUCCGGGCUGUAGGCCUAUAAUGGAGGAUCUCGGAGCCGAUGAACUGAUCAGGAGAUUGAAAACACUGGCUCAUACAUUGCAAGCGAUGGGUCAAGACGAGGGUGCCUAUCAGCAAUACAUACCGUUGGCGUUGCACUUGGCAGAGGAUCAAUUCUUGUGCCACGCUUCUAGAGAUGUGCAAUUAUUGAUUGCAUGUUGUAUUGCUGAUGUUCUAAGAGUGUAUGCUCCUGAGGCCCCGUACAAGGACACGGAUCAAGUGAAGACAAUCUUCCUGUUCCUCAUAACACAACUGUCGGGUCUGAAAGAUCCGAAAGAUGCAGCCUUCAAGAGAUACUUUUAUUUGCUUGAGAACUUAGCCUACGUAAAAUCGUUCAACAUGUGUUUCGAGCUGGAAGAUUGCCAGGAGAUUUUCUGCGCGCUGUUCCAUUUGAUGUUCAAGAUAGUUAACGACGAACAUUCGGGUCGCGUCAAGAGUUUCAUGCUGGAUGUACUGUGCCCGCUGAUAACGGAGAGUGAUAUGGUUAGUAACGAAUUGUUGGAUAUUAUCCUGUUGAACAUUGUGGAACCCAACAAGACGCAACGCAAGAACGCUUAUCUGCUUGCGAAGGAGUUGAUUGUUAAAACGUCCGAUACUUUGGAGCCUUACAUACAGGGCUUCUUCAAUCAAGUUCUCAUCAUCGGCAAGGAAGACAAAGCGCUGCAGAUUUGCGGAAAAGUGUACGAUUUGAUGUACGAAUUGAAUCACAUUUGUCCGCAAAUAUUGGUCGCCGUAUUGCCGCAGUUGGAGUGCAAGCUGAAGAGUCCGUUGCAGAACGAACGUCUCGGAGCUGUGGCACUGUUGGCGCGUAUGUUCAGCGAAAAAGAUUCUGAAUUGGCCAGGAAGCACACCGCUCUCUGGAGGGCAUUCCUGGGAAGAUUCAACGACAUCGCAGUGUCGAUACGCAUCAAAUGUGUUCAAUACUCUAUGCACUUUUUACUGAACCAUCCGUAUCUUCGUAAAGAUAUCACGGAAACGCUGAAGAUGCGCCAGCACGACGCAGAGGAGAAUGUCCGAUACGAAGUCGUGAUGGCGAUCGUGACGACGGCGAGACGCGACUUUCAAGUGGUUUCCGAUUCCGAGGAUCUAUUGGAAUUCGUCAAAGAGCGAACACUCGACAAGAAGUUUAAAAUCAGAAAGGAAGCGAUGUCGGGCUUAGCUAUGAUUUAUAGGAAACACUUGAGUGAUCCAGACGUUCCGAAUGCCACGAAGAAAGCUGUAACGUGGAUCAAGGAUAAAAUACUUAAUGGCUACUACAUGGCGGGAAUGGAAGACAGACUGUUGGUAGAAAGAUUACUUAACACCUGUCUCGUUCCGUAUCAAUUGCCUGCCGUCGAAAGGAUGAAGAAGCUCUAUCAUUUGCUUGGCACGGUCGACGAGCACGCGACGAAAGCUUUCAUGGAACUGCAGAAGAAUCAGCUGUGCGUUAGGAAAUUAGUUUUGGAAUGGCUGGACUUGAUAAAGCGCGUUCAAACGCCGGAAUCGCAGAAAGAUUGUAACGCGAAGGUUAACGCUCUGUCGCGAUGCUUACCGGAACCAGUGAAAGCGCACGAGUUUUUGACCAAAUUCAGUAGUCAUCUGCGAAAAGAUUCGGUUCUGCUGGAAUCGAUGGAAACGGUGGCACGACCGUCCGUCUCCUGUCCAGAGUGUUCGGAUGCAACCGCUGCCGUUUUAAAGAAACUCGGACAACCAGUGAUGACUAAUUUAUAUUAUAACACUGUGAAAAUGUUGUUGGAACGUGUCAGCAGCGUGAUGGUGGAUCAUCAGGCCAUCAAGUUACUCGUCGGCUACGUUGACGACUGUCUACGUGGCGGAAAUACAAUUGAAGAAGUUGGAUUGCAUCCGGCCACUGCCGGCGAUCGGGGACUCAAACUUCUGGUGAUGCUGAGUUUCGUGUUUCCAUCGCAUUUUCACCACGAAGACGUUUUAGAGCAACUGAUAGAAAUAGUUCAAUUAGAAGAUGAGAACAUUGCACCGUUGGUUCUCUCGAUCUUCAUAUUCUUGGGAAAAUACAAAUGUCUCUAUGACGAUUUCCCUAAUCUUAUGGAUCAAUUGUCGCCUAUAUGUAAGAGUUUCGCCGAGUAUGGAACACCUAAGCAAGCCAAGGGAGCAAUACGUUGUAUUUUUGUAAAUAUGCCCUUACUUCAUGAAUCCCUAUUCCCAGCCAUACUGGAAACUGCAAAGAUAAACCUGGAAUCGAGCAGUCCUCAUUACCGAACUGCAAUUGUCUCGCUUGGCCACAUCGCAUAUAACAUACCGGAGAAAUGCAAAGUCCAAAUCAAAAAUAUCGUAUCCAGAAAGAUCGUGAAAGAAUUGUUGGUGAAAGACGUGAAGGAAGGUGAAGAGUCGAUGGACCAGGAAACUUGGUGCGCAGAAGAAGAUUUACCAGAGGAAACUCGGUGUAAAAUCGAAGGUCUGAAGGCUAUGGCACGUUGGUUGCUCGGUUUGAAGCAAGACAUUCAAUCCGCGCAGAAGACGUUCAGAAUGUUGAACGCCUUUAUCUUGCAUAAAGGUGAUUUAUUGCAAUCUGGCCGUUUGUCGCCUGCCGAGAUGUCGUGGUUACGUCUGUCGGCCGGAUGCGCGAUGUUGAAGGUGUGCGAGCAGAAGGGUGUCGGUGAUCAAUACACCGCCGAUCAAUUCUACAAUUUGUCCACGCUGAUGGUGGACGAAGUGAAACAAGUUAGAGAACUGUUCGCAGCCAAACUGCACAAAGGUUUGGGUCGCGGUCUACCCAACAAGUGCCUACCUCUAGAUUUCAUGGGAUACUACGCGCUCAGCGGCAAAGAAACCGAUUCCAAAGUGCGAACGACCAUCAAGAACUACAUGAUCGCCGACAUCAACAAGAGGCGAGACUACGUUAAGAGUUUAACGAUGGGCAGCGGUCAGAUGGACAAGGCCAUGAGUCAACUGCCACACAUAUUACCUGAUUACAUGCUAGUAUUUGCGGUGCCAGUUCUUGCUCAUGACCCCGGUCUGUCGAGAUGGGACGAUGUCUCGGAUUUGGUGAAAGCCCGCCAAUGUCUUUGGUUCAUACUGGAGCCGCUCGUGACGAAAAGUGAUUAUUUCAGUUACGGAUUUUACAAAAACCUAAUCGAAAGAAUGAAAAACCAUAAAGACGCUCUCAGACCAGACGACGAUUCGAUCAAUUACAAAAUUUGGGCACUCUGCGAUCUUGCGUCCGGUCUAUUACUUACGAAAACAUCUAAUUACGAUCUGAAAGAUUUCCCAGCCGAGACGCGGAUACCGGCGAUGCAUUUUCAUCCGCAGGCGGACUUUGUAAAUAAUCGGGUGUUCCUGCCGCCCGAACUGCAGUAUCAGCCCAACAAGAAAACGGGAAUAACGCUAGCGAUGAUCAACUCGGAAAGGCCAAAGAAGCCCAAGGGAAAAGCGAAACCGGAACCGUGCGGUCCCCUCGGCACAGACGUUCCCCCUGUCGCUGUCAAUAAAGGAAUUGAUGCCCAGCCGUCGGAGGCGUCGGAGACGAAAAUUCAGUUGCCCGGAUUGGAGGACAUCGAUGAGCCGCCAGCGAAACGGCUGAGAGAACGCAUAAAAGUGGACAUAGACAAGUGACACGCUUCCCUCAUGUACAUAUACGAUAAAUUGAGAGAGAAAACACCAGCAAAAUAAUAAUUAUAAUAAAGAGAAAGAAAGAGAGAGAGUGCGAUC